AUGCCAGGCAAACUUCCGAAGAACGAAGAUGCGGAGGCGGCCACGGAGGCCUCCCCGCUCCUCAAGCCCAGGGAGCUGUCCCUGCUGAGCAGCCCGGUGGCGUGGUUCCGGGCCUUGUCGCAGAGCUACACUUGGAAGCUGCUGGCCAUGGUGGCGUGCACCAACCACCUCCUCAAGGGCUUCGUGGCCGGGGGAGGCGAUGAAGGACUGAUUGGGAAGCCAGCGGAGUUCCUCUUCAGCGACCUGAACAUCUCGGCUGGCCGGCUCCAAGCGCUCAAGGCGGUGGUCAUCAUGCCCUUCGCACUGAAGCCGGUGGUGGCAUUGCUGAGCGACGCCUUCCCCAUCGCUGGGUACCACAAGCUGCCCUACGUGGUGCUCUUCACCUGCGGCUCGUUCUUGGCGCUGCUCAGCUUGGGCUGCGGCCUGGCGGCCUCUGAGGCCGCCGUGGUGCUGGCGCUCUUCCUGGCCUUCCUCCAGGUGGCCAGCGUGGAUGUGCUGAUGGCGGCCAAGUCCUCCGAGGAGGUGAAAAAACAUGCACAACUCGGACCGGACUUCAUGACCUACACUUGGCUCGGCAUCAACGUAGGACAGGUUGCCAGCGUUUGCGUCCUCGGCCCGGUGGUUUCUGCCUUGGGCCCUCGAGCGCCCUACUGCGCUGCGGCGCCGCUGGUGCUGGCGGUGCUGUGGCCAGCGCUGGGCAACUUCAUGGGCGAGCGCCGGGUAGAGCGAGCUCCUGGCUGGCCACUGGUCUUCCAGCGCCACGCGGUGCUCUGCUGGCUGACGCUGAUGAUCGGCGUGAUGGCCGCGUGCCUCGCGGUGUCCACCUUUGUGCUGGCGGAGGCGCACAUGGUGAUGCUGGCAGCCCUGAUGGCAUCGCUGGUCCUCACCGCCUUCGCGGUUUUCAUCAGGUUCGAGAUUGCUGGCCCGGUAAUCUUCUUCUUUUUGCUGGGCCUGCUCAAUCUCAACAUCGACGGCGCUCUGUUCUAUUUCUGCACUGACAACAGCGCAGAGUUCCAAACCGGGCCGCACUUCAGCCCCCACUUCUACAUCACAGGGCUGGGCGCUGGGACCUUCCUGGGUAUCACGGUGGGCUACGCCACGGGGCCGCAGCUCUUCAGGUCCUGGAGCUACAGGAGCAUUUGCAAGGUGACCUUGAUGCUGAGGGCGGCGACGCAGCUCGCACUCGUGCCGGUGCUGCGGCGCUGGACUGGCGGCUCCGUGCCAGACAGCGUGUGGCUGCUGGCGGUGCUCAGCCUGGACAGCAUGGUGCAGGCCUGGCGGUGGAUCCCAAAGCAGGUCCUGGCAGCUCACUUAGCGCCCAAGGGGGUGGAAGCCACGACGCUGGGCCUGCAUGCCGGCACCUUCAACAUGGCCAACAUCCUCAGCGGCUCGGAGGAAAGCACCUCCCCACGCCGAGGUCCGUAG